UUUAUCAGUGAGAGAGUAUGUGAGCCCUGGUCGUCAAAUUGGAUGUUACUCAGCCUAGAUAAAUGAAGUUUCCUUAAUUGAAAAUGGAGAAAGUGGUAAUGUUAGACAUUCACAAUGGGCAGAAAUUGUGGAGAGUCUGCUUUUGACACUUCUUAUGAUAGAGAUUAAGAUGUCUUACAUGGAAUGGCAAGCCUAGCAAAAAUAUAACAGGACAACAGUGAAACAUGAUACAUGUAGGGCUUUAUUGGGACAUUGAAGAUACAUAGAGACAUUCAAAACAGUGCCAAGAACUUGCUAAGUCAGAAUGAUGACAAGAACCAAUUGUGAUGACAUCACGGCAACGCCGUGUAGGCAAAGGCAGGUUUUAGGUAGAUAUUGAUUACCGGUAACAUGUUAAUUUGUAAUCUGAUUGGCUCAUUUGAAUAUUGAUUAGUAACAUGAACUGCUAACGUCCUUUUCCCCCACCAAUCAUUGACUACCGUCGAUGUAAAGAAAAGCAGUGAUUGCUCAUAUUGGUUUACAUUAUCUUUAUCAUGAACACAUGGCACACUGGUUAGUUUUGUAAGCCAUGGAGCUACAUAUAAUAAAUUUUUGUACCAUCGUUCAUUGCAAUCAAGCAAAACCUGCUCACCUCAAAUUUUCAGUAUAUUUACAUGUACAUCGACCCUUUUCAGGAGUGAUGUUGAUUAGAUUACUCUGACUCAAUCUUACAAUCUUGCAGUGAGAAAUUAACUGUAACUGCUUGGCAAGUGAUAAUUGCCCUGUGGCAUUAACGUUGUAUGGUUCAAGUUGCAGGAAGCUCUAUAAGAGGUCAUGUUGGCUAUUUGUUAUUGUUAACUGGAACAAAUGUCCAUAUCUAAGGCAAUAUACCACAAGCAUUCAAUGCCACAUCGCUUGUAAAUGCUGGUAAGGAAGUGUGCCAUUCUCUUCUAGUCAAAUAUUGUGAGUCAUGUGCAAUGUUAUGUUGUAUCAAUGAUAACUGACAAAUGUAUUGAAACUGUUAAAAGCCCAUCUUCUUUUUAAGCAGCUCAGUGCAUGCACUGAGGUAGUAUUAUAUGUUAUAUCACAUUGUAGUACUACAUGCAUUUCUAGAAAUUUUAGAGAACGUAGGGUACUAUCUAAUGCAGUUUAGCUUAUACCAUGGCCAAAUUUCAAAAUACACUGUGCUACCACAAAAUGUGCUUGUCCUAAGUUUAAAUUUUACCUUUGCAGUUAAAGACUGUUAUCAUCUGUUCAAAGCUCCAGGAUAUGUAAGUGCUAUCCCAACUUGAAGGGGAUUGCUGGCAUAUAUAUGGCCUUUGUUUAGGGAGAAUCCUUUAUAGAUUACUGUACAUUGCAUCGUGUUUGUUAGCCACAACAUAAAAACCAUCUUUGUCCCUCAGUUGUGUUUCUAGUAUUUCCUAAAAAUGUGACAGGACGUAUUUAAAACUUCCUUAGAAGUGCAACUCCAAAGUAGCCCUUUUUUAUUCAUUUCCUUUUCUGUUUAUCUCUAAAAUACAUUAGGUAUGAAAACUUUGUUUAAUGUUAUCCUUCCCACUUCCUGUUCAUGUGUGCACUUGUUUUCUAGUUAAGAAUGUUCUGCACUUCUGUAUGUCUUGCUCUAAGUUUAUACGUUGUUUGUUCACUUGCAUUUUAUCAGUUUACUAACGUCUUGAUAUGCCUUGCUUCUUUCAUCGAGGGAAAUACAUCAGUACCAAGGAGGUUUUACCUACUUGAUAGUACUCAGCAGCAGGCUAUAACACAUGCACUUUUGUACUUUUGCAGAUAAAAAUGCAUAUAUUUGUUUACUUGUUGCUUUCUUUUUUUUCUUUCUGGUGAUUUCCUGUGUGUGCGAUUUUCUUUCGCUAUAAUGGAUCUGUUACUUAAUAAUGUUUUAGAUGGUAACCGUAAGGUAUUGGAGUCUUAUGUUUUACCAGUAACUAGUCAAACUAUGGUCUAACUUAACUUAACAGAGGCAGUUACCAUUGUUUAUAUCAAGAUAGGAUACUCCACCAAACAGAUCCCUUUUUGUCGAAAUAGACCAUUGUUUUGAGCAUUGCCCAUUCACAAACAAGUAGGUUCAGGUCCGGCCAUGGACCUGAACCGCUGGACCGUACCUGGACCUGAAUUUGCUGUACCGGUAACUUGUAACGUUACCUUUUCAUAGCCACCUGAUAUAUAUUUUAUAGACUUGCCAUGUAUACUACUAACUUUAUCGGUGAUAGUUGGGGUCAAAAGUUAAAGGUUACUAUUCCAACAUGGCGGCGGUGAGUGCAGACGAAUUCGUCGACACUCAGACCGUGACUUACUCCAAUCCUAAACAUUUCUCGAGCUUUUUCGCGGUGUUGGGGGAUCUUCAAACUAACGGUCACUUCCAGGAUGUCACUCUUGAAGUCUGCGGGCGUUUAUUUCCGUGUCAUCGGUUGGUUUUAGCGGGUGUCAGUCCUUAUUUCCAUGGCAUGUUUGCAGUGCGCAAUAAGGAAGAACGCAUUUCUGUCCAAGACCCUUGCUUAGACACAAGCAGUAUCAACUCUAUCAUACAGUACGCUUACAGUGGAAAACUCGAGUUGUCCACGGAUGACUUGGAAGGCGUUCAGAGACUGGCCGUUGCGGCGAAGUUCCUCCAAGUUGAUUUUGUUUACGAGACUUGCACCGCACUUCUAGAAUCCCAACUGGAUAUAACUAAUGCCGCUCAGACCUACAUCUUUGCGGCCUCAAAUGACGUGGAGAAACUGCAAGUCUCCAGCAAAGCGUUUAUCUGUAGACACUUCCCUCGGGUGAGUUCGACGGAAGGUUUUAAAGAACUGUCUCCAGACCAGUUCCUGGACUUGAUCAGCCAUGACGAACUCGACGUUAAGUCUGAAAUCUUGGUCUGGGAGGCAGCAACAAAAUGGCUUGAGUCGGACGCCUUCAAUAGAACUGUUCACCUAACAGCAAUCCUUCAGAAGGUCCGGUUUUCUCUCAUGACACCAGACGACAUUGAAGUUAUAAAAACCCACAAGUUGCUCGGCGAGCCACACGCGGCACAAAUACUCGCCACGCAAAUCCAGUCAGCCGAGGAAGACAGCGACCGGCCGCCGGAGUGUAGUCGGAAGAGGUACGGCAUGGCCGCCGAGGAAAUGCUGCUGAUCUUCGGUGCCUGUAGCACGGACUCCAGGUGGGAGGACCUCACAGAGGGCCGCGUGUCGAGUGCAGAGGAGUUGGAGGGAACGCUGGCCUGCUACAGCCCUCUGACCAGGGAAGUGUACAGCAUGGCCAAACCGGGGGACACCUGUCCAGCAGCCGUGGUAGCAACGCCAUCUAGCGACAUCUAUGCCAUCUACACCACUUCAGCACCAAGGUUUCUUCAGUACGACCAUUUCCACAGCUGCUGGGUGGAGAGAGCCGCACCGCUGACGUGGCCCUGCCAUCCGCGUGAGCUAGUCUGCUCUCACGGCUGCCUGUACCUGUUCUCAGAUGAUGAUGACAUGACAGUCCAGCAGUACCAGCCUAAAGUAAACCAGUGGUUUAAAGUAGCGUCGCUCCCACUGGACGAUGACACCGUCUGUGUGAGUCUAAACGAUCGUCUGUACGCCGUUGGUCCCGAGGAGACAAAGCGUUACGACCACAACGCUGACAGUUGGGAGCCUCGUGCAUCCCUCCGCGGAAAACUGGAUCGGAUCGCCAACGCCGUCUCCUGCGGCGGGAGGAUCUACUGCACAGACUACGACCUGACAAAGAUGAUGUCAUACAGCCCGGUUCGCGACAAGUGGAAGACAGCGACGUGCGAGCUGCCCGACUGCAGCUAUUUCCACCUCGUCGUGUCCGAGACUCACGACGAGCUGUUCGGAUUGGCCAGCCGAGCGCGGGAUCCGGACCAACCACUGGUGAAUAAGGUUCUGUACAGGUAUAACCCAGGAGCGCACAGGUGGGAGCACUUACUGGACAUUCCAAACAGGUUGUCGGUGUUUGACACCUACACGUGCCUGGCAGCCCGGAUGUACCCCCCUGCACUCGGAGGGGGGGACCAGUUCCCUGACCUGGAGGACCCAGGGGGGGACAGUGAUGAUGGAAGCAACUCUCUUGAUGAUGAUGGUGAUGAUGAUGAUGAUCAAACAGACGGUCAAUGACUCUAGAAAUCGUUAAGGGACAAAGAGAAAACUAUGAUCACUGGUGUGCCAAUGAUGAUAUUAGCAGAAGAAUUAUACCUAAAUCUUAUACAAAUAAAUUGACAGAAAGAA